AUGAAAUAACAAUAUUCAAAAUAAGAAAACUCGAAAGAUUUUGAAGAAUUUCAUCAUAUUGAAGAAUUGAAGGAAUUAUUUCUUUUAAAUUCAAUAAAUGAUGGAUCCAGUUUUCAGAAAGUGGUAAAAUUGGGAGGUGAUUAAGGGUUGGCAAAAUAACUAAAAUCGCAUUUAUUAAAAGGAAUUGAUUCAGAGGCUUAGGUGUAAGAGAAUCGGGAAAAAUUUGGGAAUAAUGAUCCUAUAGAAAAGGAGCCUGCAUAAUUGUACGAAUUGAUUUUAGAGUGUUUUGGAGAUACAAUGCUGUAAAUACUAUUGGUUGCUGCACUUGUUAGCACAGUAAUUGGAAUUAUAAAUGAAGGGGUCAAAACAGGGUGGACAGAGGGAGCAACAAUAUUUUUAGCUGUUUUUUUAAUUGUUUCGAUAACAGCUGGUAAUAAUUAUUUAAAAGAGAGAUAAUUUUAAUAAUUAAGACGUAAAUUGGAUGAUGGAAUGAUAUAAGUAGUUAGAGGGGGAAUAGUCGAGAUAUCAAUAAAAGAAAUAGUUGUAGGAGAUAUAUUGCAAUUUGGUAUUGGAGACAUUUUUCCAGUUGAUGGUUUGAUGAUAUAGGGAUCUCAGAUUAAGGUAGACGAAUCUCCUAUGACUGGAGAGUCUGAUGAGAUUAAAAAAUUACCAUUCAAUGAGAUGACUCAAUAAUAAUUGAAUAACAAAGAUCAUCACCAUUAUAGUCCAUUUUUGAUAAGUGGUACUCGAUGUUUAGAUGGAAAUGGAUAUAUGUUGGUGUUGCAAGUAGGAUAAAAUACGAUACAAGGAUAAUUAAAAUUAUUAUUAAAUUAAGAUAACCCCCCUACACCUCUUUAAUAAAAAUUAGAAGGAGUUGCUGAAAAUAUUGGAAAAUUGGGUACUUUGGUAGCAAUUUUAACAUUUAUUGCUUUGAUGGGACAUUUACUCUAUGAUGUCUUUGUAGACCAUAAACACGAAUUAUUUACUUUGUUAUCUUUACAACUAAUAAUCGAGGCUUUCAUGAUAGGAGUGACAAUAAUAGUUGUGGCUGUUCCAGAAGGUUUGCCAUUAGCAGUGACGAUAGCCUUAGCCUAUUCUGUAGGCAAAAUGAAGGAUGAAUAGAAUUUAGUAAAGAAUUUAGCAUCAUGUGAAAUUAUGGGUGGUGCAAAUAACAUUUGUAGUGAUAAAACAGGAACAUUAACUUAAAAUAUUAUGUAGGUAACUGCAUUAUGGAUUGAUAAUCAUAACUACCUUAAUCAAGAAAUAAAUAUAACUUCUAAAAUUUCAAAAUAAUCUAUUGAGGUUAUGUCUGAGUCUAUAUGUUAUAACUCUAUAGCAAAUCCUACUAAAGAUAGAAAUACUAAUAGAUGGACAUAAAUUGGGAAUAAAACUGAAUGUGCUUUGAUUGAAUUAGCCGAUAAUUUUGGAUUUAAAUACUCCAAUUAUAGAUAAAAUGAUAGAAUUCUAAGACAAAUUCCCUUCAGUAGCAAAAGAAAGAAGAUGGUAACUGCCAUAUUAAAUCCUAAAAAUUAAUCGAUCAGAAUAUUUAGUAAAGGAGCAUCAGAAAUUAUUUUAUAAUAAUGUUUCAGAUACGUUUCUAAUAAUGGUGCCGAAUUACCUCUCGAUAAAACCAAGAAGGAUGACAUUUUACACAAUGUUAUUGAAAAUUUUGCAUCUCACUCGUUAAGAACAAUAGCCAUAGCAUAUAAAGACCUAGAACCUUAAACACAUGUACAUUAAAUAAAUGAAGAUGAAAUUGAUAAAGAUUUAACAUUGAUUGCCAUAGCAGGUAUCAGAGAUCCAAUCAGACCUGAUGUUGCUGAAUCUAUAAAAUAAUGCACAAGAUCUGGAGUGACUGUUAGAAUGGUUACUGGUGACAAUAUAAUUACUGCUCAAUCAAUAGCAUUAGAGUGUGGAAUAUUGGAGAAGAAUAGGGCAUAAUAAGAAUUCGAAGUAAUUGAAGGUAAGAGAUUUCGAGAUUUGGUGGGAGGAUUAGUAAAUGCAAAAAAUGAAGAAGGGAAUGAAAUAAAAGUGGUUAAAAAUAUGUAGAUAUUCUAAAAAAUAAGCAAAGAGAUGAAGGUAAUGGCUAGAGCAUCACCAGAGGAUAAGUAUUUAUUGGUUACAGGCUUGAUUUAAGAGGGUAAUGUAGUUGCAGUCACAGGAGAUGGUACAAAUGAUGCUCCUGCAUUAAAAAAGGCAGAUGUUGGAUUUGCUAUGGGAAUUACAGGGUCGGAUGUGGCCAAAGAUGCUGCAGAUAUCAUUCUCAUAGAUGACAACUUUAGCUCUAUUAUUACAGCUAUGAAAUGGGGUAGAAAUAUUUAUGAUUGUAUAAGAAAAUUCAUACAAUUUUAGUUGACAGUCAAUUUAGUGGCUUUGUUCAUGUCUUUUACAGGGGCCGUGAUCUUAAAGUAAUCUCCUCUUAAUGCAAUUGAGAUGCUUUGGGUGAAUUUGAUUAUGGAUACUUUUGCUUCUUUAGCUUUAGCUACUGAACCUCCUUCCAUUAAAGUUUUAGACAGACAACCAUAUAGAAGAACUGAUUAAAUUGUCUCGCCGACAAUGUAUCGAACCAUAGUAGGAGCAAGCUUGUAUCAAAUACUGGUACUCACAUUUAUAUUGUUUCUCUUACCAAAAUUCAUUGAUUGCUCCAUCCCAGAGGAAUUGAUUGAAUAAAAAUACCCUAAGAACGUAGUACAAAUGAGUAUCUUCUUUUAAGCAUUUGUGUUAAUGUAAGUAUUUAAUUCAAUUUCCUGUCGAUAAUUAGAUUAUCACACAAGGAAUCCUUUUGCUAAUUUUUGCAAUAAUCCAUUAUUUUGGGUUGUUUAAACCAUAACGGUAAUUGUUUAGGUUUUGCUUAUAUAAUACGGAGGAAAAUAUGUAAAGGUCUCUCAUUUGACAUUAUUUUAACAUUUAUUAUGUGUUGGGUUUGGAAUUGGUGGAAUCGUAUUUUCCAUACUAUUUAAAUUUAUACCAGAACAACUAUGCUAAAAAAUUCAUCUCUUUAGAGAAGAAGAAAUCAAAACAGAAAAGAUGGAUGAUACCUUAACCAGUAAAUUAAGAAGAAAGUCAACUAUGCGUCUACAUACUAGUUAACGAAGUAAGCAUGAUAUCGGUAGUCUAAAGAAAAUGAGCUCCGACAAAUUGUGA